AUGUCUGGCCUUGUCCUUUUGAGUCUCAUGCCGAGAGGCCCGUCAUCCGGGGGCGAGAUGCUUCCCGGAUUGACGAGAGAUGUGUCGCUUGAUAUCGACCCAUUGCCCUUGGUCCAGCGGAGAGGCCUCAUAGCAGUCUCGGUCAUGGCUUGUCUCUCCUUUCUUGCCACAUUGGGACUACUUUCAUUCAUCACUUACCGCCUCAUUUUCUGGCGGUCAAACUAUCAGAGAUACAUCGGUUACAACCAGUAUGUCAUUCUGAUCUACAACCUGGUCUUGGCAGAUUUCCAGCAAUCCCUCGCCUUUUUGAUUUGCAUAAAAUGGAUUGCUACCGAUAAAAUCAAGUCCGGCACGGCUGCAUGCUUCCUACAAGGUAUGUGGCUUCAAAUUGGAGAUCCCGGCAGUGGUCUUUUCGUGCUUGCUAUUGCAUUCCAUACGUUUUUGUUGGUUGUCUGGGGUCGAAAGAUGUCCUACAAGGUGUUCGUCUCCUUCGUCUGCGGUGUUUGGGCAUUCAUUGCUAUCAUUGUGAUCAUUCCCAUCGCCGCAUACGGGGCAGAUGUCUUUGUGCCCUCUGGCGCCUGGUGCUGGAUCAGUGAAGAUUACGAGACCGUUCGUCUCUGGACUCAUUACAUCUGGAUUUUCCUGGCCGAAUUCGGUACUGUGUGUUUGUACGCGGUGAUGUAUUUUCAACUGCGACGACAAAUUGCUGCUUCGUCGAUCCUGGGCAACAGUCAGCUGGAAAGUCUCAAGCGUCUACGACGGGUGGUUGGCUACAUGACAAUCUAUCCCAUCGUCUAUAUCAUCCUCUCUCUUCCCCUUGCUGCUGGACGGAUGGCUACAGCAAACGGCGACGCCCCCUCGCUCACCUUCUUCUGUUGUGCCGGCGCCAUUAUUACUAGUUCCGGUCUUGUCGACGUUAUCCUAUACACUCUCACUCGUCGUAACCUCAUCAUCGAUUCCGAGCCCAGCCAAGACCGCUCCUACAACAAGUUCGCUAGCAGCAAGGGACGCCAUGGCGAAAACCAUCUUACCACAAUUACUGCCGAUCCCAGGAAUCGAACCAGGCUUGGUGGGACCAUUCAGGACCACCAUGAGCGCGAUGGCUCGACCGAUAACAUUGUCCAGCCGGGCGUCGAGAUGGGCCCAAUGGGCAAGGUGUACCAGGAGACCACCAUCGAAAUUACCACCGAGCCCGCAUACCCGUCAGAAGGCGCCAGCGAGCGCUCCAGCAAAGACGAAUUCAGGGAGCCCUCAUCUCGGAUGUGGAAACGAUGA